CUGGAUUUAUUUACCUUGUUUUCGAACAUACCUAUUGAAGUAUUCAAGGAGAGCGUUCGUAUACUGGGAACUAUUACUGCACUGUGAACGGUUAUUGCGUAGUAGCAUUAAUUAAUAUAAUAGCCUUUAACCAACUAAAAUAUAAAUAAAUCACGAAUAAAGGCUGUAGUUUAAAUGGAGUCUUUUUUUACCUCAAUUUAGCUCAAGUUGACAGCACUUUUGGAUGUUUAUUUUUUGAACGCUCCCCAAUAUUUUGACAUCAUAAUUGACAUAUUGUGAUAUUGUAUAUAGGGCUAUUUUAUUUGCCUCAUUCGUUCUUACUUAGACAAAAUAAUUAAUAUGAAAAAAAUAUUAAUUCUGCUGAGUAAAGUUCAGUUCAAAGCUUAGCAAAUAUUUGUAUAUAUCAAUUACUAUUUAUUAGAUAUUUAAUAGACUAUAUACAAAAAUGGCCCGAAAUGCUGAGAAGGCAAUGACGACGUUGGCACGAUGGCGCGCCGCGCAAGUGCAGGAGACGGGCGGACAGCGCGAGCGCCGGCCCUACCUAGCCUCAGAGUGCACCGAUCUGCCACAAGCCGAAAAGUGGCGUCUGCAAAUCGUCCGCGAGAUCGCCAAGAAGGUCGCGCAGAUACAAAACGCUGGUCUAGGCGAGUUCCGCAUCCGCGACCUGAACGACGAGAUCAACAAGCUGAUGCGCGAGAAGCGACACUGGGAGGUCCAGAUCAAGUCACUCGGCGGGCCCGACCAUGCCCGCGUCGGGCCUCGGAUGCUCGACCAGGACGGGCGCGAGGUGCCAGGCAACCGCGGCUACAAAUAUUUCGGGGCCGCCAAGGAUCUGCCAGGCGUGAGAGAGCUGUUCGAGCAAGAGCCGCCGCCGCCGCCGCGGCGCACGCGCGCCGAUCUCAUGCGGGACGUGGACGCGGACUAUUACGGCUACCGGGACGACGACGACGGGCUUUUGAUCCCACUCGAGCGGGAGGCAGAGAAAGAAGCAAUAGCACGAGCUGUCGACGAGUGGAAGAGAAACAAAGAGGAGAACAAGGACCAGGACAUGCCUGAAGAAGAAAACAUUUAUCCAGAAGAUCCGGAUGACAAACGCGUGGACGAUGAUGACGCUGAACCACAAGUCAUCACUUCGCACGUGGCCGUGCCCUCGCAGAAGGACAUCGAGGAAGCGCUGCUCAGGAAGAAAAAGCAGGAACUUCUGGAACAAUAUGGCUGCCUCGACGUCAAAAUGGAACAGAGCUGACAAACACUGCUCUAAUAUUUCGUUUUAAUUAUUUUAAGUGUAAUUGUGGAUGAGAACGAGAGGACUGGAAGAAAUAAAACAAACUUGAUUCCAUAA